GGUCGUAUUUUCCUCUUUAUUGAAAAAAUAAAUAUAGAAAAAUGGCUAAAAAAAAUCUGAGUGACUUAAACACUCUCACAACCUCUCUAUCCACGACGAAAUUCAGAAAGCUAUGGUUCAUAGUUCUCUGGCGAUAACAUACCCAAAAUUGUCAUGCUCGUUUUCAUCUACUUCCACCUCCGACUCCCACCGCUCCUGCUUCUCCUUAGCGACCACAAGACUCAGGCGUUCAAGAUUUAGGAUUUUGUCCAAGAUUGAUGAUGGAUCUCCGGAUCAGUUUUUGCAGAACAAUUCCAUUGCUGAUUUCAUGAGGUUCAAGAGGAGCAACCAUGACGAGUUGCAGACUGCUGUUGUGAGCUACCGCAAGAAGUUCCCUUGGUCCCUUCUUCAACCCUUUCUGCAGGUGGACUUGGUUUCGACGAUUCAUAUUGCCGACAAGGAGUACUUCACUACACUGCAAAAAGUACUUGAGCCAUAUGAUUGUGUUCUUUAUGAGAUGGUUGCUAGCAGAGAAAGUUUAGAAAACAGAAGAAACCCUGAGGCUAGAAAGAAACUUAAGGGCUCAUAUUUACGAGGAUUUAAUGUACUUGGAUGCAUUCAGCGGCAGAUGGCUAAACUGCUUAUGCUCGAUUUUCAGCUAGAUUGUCUUGAUUACCAGGCUGAAAACUGGUACCAUGCAGAUCUUGACUUUGAAACUUUCAAAUUACUUCAGCUGGAAAAGGGUGAGAGCUUCUUCACAUUUGCCAGAGAUAUGACACUUAGAUCCACUAAAGCCAUAGUGCAGCCUACACCUGUUCGAGAGGAUCUUGGUCCUUGGAGAUCCAAACUUUUAUGGGCCUCCCGUGUUGUACCAAUGCCCCUUGUUGGUCUUCUCAUCAUUGGAAGUGUUUGCGCAGAUGUGGGAACUCAAGCCGAAUUUCCUGAAUUGGAAGCCUUGUCCAGGCUUGACUUUGGUGCGGCAAUGAAAGUUUUUCUAGCAAAGAGGCUAACAUCUGAUUGUAAUUUCAGAUUGUUGAGGAACAGAUAAGAGAAGAAUGAGAAGGUUAUUCACCAGAGUUUUAUGUCAGUCAAGCGAUUUUUUCUGCCAACAAUGGCAAACUGAUAGAAGAAGGAAUAUCACAAGUCUUUGAACCAGAAGGGCUUUCACUGUCCAGAAGAAGAAACUCGUAAAUAGGAAAAUUCAAUGGUGCUGUUUGGUUGAGCUAGGGAGAAAUGUUGGUCAGAAUUAGGUGAUGCUGGACACAAAAGCAAAAUACUUGGAACAGCAAUAGUCCAUGUCUGGCUAAACAAAGAUUGUAAGAAUUUGAAUAUGAAAUGAAGCAGUAUUUAUCUUAAUCUACUAAUGAAGUAAGACUAUAAAGAAUGAUAAAGUAAUCCACCGUGCGCAAUAGAAAACCUAGCCUAAGCUGAGAAAUGCAACAAACUGCUAAACUGGGAUGAUGAAGAGGGGAGAGACAAAUACUAAGAACCAAGAAUUAUUUUCAACAUAGUAUAAAUAGGCUACAUAAAAGUGAUGGAAUCAGACACUUAUGACAUGCAAAAAGAUAUGUAAGGUCAAGAUACCAAAAUCUGAUUUAUCUUGUUCUAUUUUUCACAUUCUGAUAACC